AUAUUCUGGAAGAAAUUUUAGGUGGUUGCAGAAGAUAAUUAUUUCCAAACAUUUCCAAGAUACAAUUUGCAAACAGUUGUUUUCAGAAAAUAUAUAUUUUGGUUAUAUAUAAAAAGUAAAUAAUUAUAAGACGUGCAAACCUUAGUGGCUUAUAAUGCGUGAUCUGUUGUAAACGUACUACUCAAAUUUCAUAUGCAAAUAAAAGUCUAAAAAUACGUCGAUUGAAGUUUAUAUUUUGUGAAUACAAGUUUUCAUCUUUUGCCCGCGCUUUUCUUCUGGCGGUGUUAUAAUUUAUGAAAAAUAGUGUGGGUGUAUAUUAAAAAUUUGUUAAACUGGAUAACAACAUGGGUAGCUCCGAUGACCGCGUUUACGCGGCGGAGAGGAUAAUACAAAAACGUGUUAGAAAGGGUGUUUUGGAGUACCGUGUAAAAUGGAAGGGUUGGAAUCAACGUUACAAUACAUGGGAGCCGGAGGUUAAUAUUUUGGAUCGGAGACUAAUCGAAAUUUAUGAACAGAGCAACCGCUCUUCAAAUACACCGUCAAAGCGUGGCGGAAAACGCAAAGAAAAAGCACACGAUCCUGAACCUGAGUCUGAAGAGGAUGAGUACACCUUCACUGGUGAUGAUGUUGAUACAAACCAGGCAUCUACAUCAACAGCUGCUCUAUCAAGUAGCAGUCAUCAUCACCAUCAUCAUCAUCACGAUAAAGACAAGGAAAAGGAUAAAAAGCGAGAUCACACCCAUCACCAUCAUCACCACCAUUCAACUAAAGAACGUAAUCGGUCCCAUUCACCACACACAGAAGCACAACGUGAUGGUAACAGCACUGGUAAUAAACGUCACACCUACACCAGUACAUCAGCAUCUGUCUCAGCUGCCGUUGUUGCUGCCGCUGUUGCUUCCAAUUCUGCUUUAAAUUUCAUUCCCGAACCUGAUACAAAUUCAUCCAGCUCUGAAGAUCAGCCAUUAAGUCGAAAAGAGGUAACUAGUAUGGGCACUAAACGUAAAGCUGAAGUGUUGAAGGAGUCGGGUAAAAUAGGUGUUACUAUAAAAACCUCUCCCGAUGGCCCGCCACCGUCUAAGCAACAUUGUGCUGCUGCUGUCAGCGUGGAUACAGCCACCUCAAUAUUAACCCCACUCAAAUCGGAGUCCGAACCGCUUUCGCCAGAAACACCAGCUUCACGACCAGAACAAACAAUACCCGCUGAGAAAAGCACAACAGUGCAACAACAUUAUAAUGCGUCAACAUCGGGAACUGCAGACGAUGACGAUUCAUCCUCACAAGCGGAUAGUCAAACAGAUAAUGGCCAUACGGCGGCAAACACUAAGGGAGCGGGCGAUGAUGGCCCGUGCUCACCCAAGCGUAACGGUCACGUAACACACCAAAAUCAACGGCAAAGCGCUUUAGCACCACUUUCGCCGAAAGCAUUGCCGCCGCGUUUUUGGUUGCCUAAUAAAUGCAAAAUUUCAGACAAAGUGGUGAUCACUGAUGUUACGGUAAAUUUGGAGACAGUGACCAUACGCGAAUGUAAGACAGAGCGUGGUUUCUUUAGAGAACGAGACUUAAAAUCGAAUGGUAUGAAGACGGAAUCCGAUUCUGCUGCAUAAAAAUAAAUCAUGAAUCAUGAUUGUGCAUGAACAUGCAUUUUACAUUAACAUUGUAAAAUUGUUAACUUAUCUUAUUUAUUUAAAAAAGACCUUACAACACUGCCGGUCUGUUUAUCGGAUCGAUGCAAAGGUUUUAUAUCCCUUUACUCCUUUGAGUAAUUUAGAUAGUUGUACGCCACAGCAAGUAUAACGAAAAAUGUAUUCAUUUGUAAAAAAUAUUAUUUAAAAAUCCUAUUUACAUGAGUACAAGUGAAAUUUAUAUUAUUUAUAUUAUCUUGUUACCUUUUUUCACAAGUGUAAAUACAUGUAAAUACACUUUUAUGAAAUUGAAUAUAAUAUAAUACAUAUACAUAUUUAAAUAUAGAGCUACAUACAAAUGAUAAAUCAAAAUAAAUUUAUUAAUAUGCAGUUAUACCAACAUUUGAGUGCAUGAGAAGAUGAUGGCAAAGAAAUCGUUCUGAAAGAGCUGAAUAUACGGCAACCAUUAUAAUUGAUCCGCAUUUUUGUUUUCGAUUUAAUUAUCUCAUGGGCCAUAAAUAUGUUUAACUGUUCCAAAGCUGUGCAAGAAGUUUAUAAAUUUGCAAUUUGAAAUAGAGGAGAAUCCAAUUAAUUGUUAUAUAUUUACAGUACAGUAGAGAAGACAUUCUGAUAUAUGUAUGGCUUACAUAAACAUUUAAUCCUUUCUUACUAGAAGAAUCGUAUAUAUAAAUAUAAAAAUAAAUUCUACAUUUAUAAAUAUACAGAAAAGUUAAAACUUUAUCGCAAUACAAUAUAUGCGUAAAUCUCGCAAGCUUCUGUUGUACGAAAAAUGUCUUUUUAUAAUAUACAUAUGUAUAUACAUAUAAGCUAUCAGCGAAACGAGCGGUUGCUAUUUUGUCGACUAAGCUCGCAUGUAUUGACUACAUUACCAUACCGUUUCAACAUCCCCGCUUCUGAGAACUGCGAAAUGCAUAUUUAUUUUCGAUAAACCUAACGUUAGAUUGCUGUUGAAGUAAGUUAGAAAACAAUAAAAUUUAAAAAACGGCUUAUAUGCAUUUGUUAUAUAUUUGAAUAAAUGCAUUUCUUUUGUCAGUUUUAUUGGUUUCGUAAGAAAUAUUUGCAUAUAACCCAACGUGAUUAUACAAAGAUGGCAAGCAUUAGAUGAAAAACUAUAAUUACUUCAUAUAAGUAACUGCAUUAAAUAAGCAAUUAAAUGAAAAAUAUUGUAUAUUCUUAAGCAAUAUCUAGUAUAAUAGUUUGUAUUGCCUGGCUUAUAUAGAAUUACAAUAAAAUAUCUCCUAAUAGAGCUGGUGAUUUUCAGGUCUUAUGCUUAUGCUUCAGAGUAAUACAAUACAUUAUAUUAUUCAUUAUUUCUCCGAUGUUAUAUUAUAGACAUAAGAAUUGUAAUUUUCAUUUGCCUAGAGGUUAACAAACCACACUAAUUGUAAUUUAAAAAAUUAAUGUCAGUAAUCAACAUAUUAUAUUUUGUAGAAAUAAAGCAUAACUGUAAAUACAUUAUAAUCAUAAACGAAA